AACAUCCUUGCGCCGAAUAACCCGUCACACAUAACUUUUGCACAUCUAUCUGCAAGCGUUCUUUAAAACUAUCCAGAGAAGACGCCCCUGAUCUGUAUUUAGAUAACUAUGAUCGCAUACCAACACGCCCAGUUAGGUCAUUAACCUUAGGCAGGUAGACAAAUGACAGGUAGACCAGGGUAUUGCUUUGUUUGCCUGGAUUGUUAUUUUGUGUACUGUGGUCAUCGUAUUCAACUUCUCAUAAACAACAAACUAUAAAAAGACUCAUCUCACCAUAGUACCAGUAAUAGUACCACAGGUGUCGUUCAACUCUAUAACGUGUUAUUCGUUCCAGGUAUAAAAAAAAGGACAUAGAUGCGCUGUGCACUACAAGAUUGAAGCUGUCAAACGCUGUACUCAACCUCUAUCGGUAGACACAGAUACAUGUACAUUUAGACUUCAUCUCACAACUUCACAAGGUAGCCGCCACCAACAUGUCGCAACAGAUUAUCGCUGCAUGUCUCUUCGUCCUGACGUGGUCAACAGUCUGUGUCCAGGCACAGAACUGCACCGUAAAAUGCACCUCCUGUGCGUCAGACAACAGCAGUGACCAUGGGAUAAAGUUCAACGUUACAGUGUGUGCAGAACAAUGUGCACAGAGUCUGGACAAUGGGCCUAUGUGGAGGUAUUGUAUGGAAAUAGGUACAUGGAGGAAAGAGAAGGAUGAACCCACAGGUAAACCGAGAAACACGGGUCUGAAAUGGCAGUACAUCCUGGCCAUCACCCUGAGCGUCAUGUUUAUAGUGGUCUCCAUCCUUGCUGUGAUGUACUGUGCAUGGCGGAACUGCAGAAAUCCUGUUGCGGAUAAUCGUUUGUCGUACAGGAAGGAGUCCAUAGCAUUAGAUGAAGAGGAAACAUUUGAUCCAGUGUAACUGCACUCCUUGCUACUACUACUGCAGGGCUCGAAAUACCACCUGCAUGUGCAGGUUAGUGCAGGUAAAAUUGGAGCUGUGCAGGUAUUUCUAGUAUAUACCUGCACCUAACCUGCACUGGUCCAUGUACUGGGUUU